GCUGGGGGUGAACUCAGCCAACUCCCUGGCAGUCCAUCAGUCUCCUGCCAGCAGCAGGAAAUAAAGCCUUCUAUUUGUGUCAGUUUACUUGAAGCGCACGCCUAACCUUCUUGGUUGCAAAGCUUCUAGAAACAUCAUCUUCUUGAAGGCCAGCAUUCUCCUGAGAAUGGAGGCCCCUCUCUCCUUCCUGUGACUGAAGCAAUGCUGACCUCCGUUUCCUGGACCCAUUCUGACUCAGGAGCCUUCACGUAAAUGGGCCCAGUCAUGCCGCCCAGUAAGAAGCCAGAAAGCUCAGGAAUCAGCGUCUCCAGUGGGCUGAGCCAGUGUUACCGGGGCAGCAGCUUUUCCCAGGCCCUGCAGGAAGACGAUGACCUGGACUUCUCCCUGCCUGACAUCCGCCUAGAAGAGGGGGCCAUGGAGGAUGAGGAGCUGACCAACCUGAACUGGCUGCACGAGAGCAAGAACUUGCUGAAGAGCUUCGGGGAGUCGGUUCUUCGGAGCGUCAGCCCCGUCCAGGAUCUGGACGAUGACACACCCCCGUCCCCCGCCCACUCCGACCUGCCCUACGAUGCCAGGCAGAACCCCAACUGCAAACCCCCCUACUCUUUCAGCUGCCUCAUAUUUAUGGCCAUCGAGGACUCUCCCAGCAAGCGCCUUCCCGUGAAGGACAUUUACAGCUGGAUCUUGGAACAUUUUCCCUAUUUUGAAAAUGCACCGACUGGGUGGAAAAACUCCGUGAGACAUAACCUGUCCUUGAACAAGUGUUUUAAGAAAGUGGACAAAGAGAGGAGCCAGAGUAUUGGGAAAGGGUCGUUGUGGUGCAUAGACCCCGAGUACAGACAAAAUCUAAUUCAGGCUUUGAAAAAGACACCUUAUCACCCACACCCACACGUGUUCAACACACCGCCCGCCUCUCCUCAGGCAUAUCAAAGCACACCAGGUCCACCCCUCUGGCCAGGCAGUACCUUCUUCAAGAGGAAUGGAGCCCUCCUACCAGAUCCUGACAUUGAUGCUGCCAGUGCCAUGAUGCUUUUGAAUACUCCCCCUGAGAUACAAGCAGGUUUUCCUCCUGGAGUGAUACAGAAUGGAGCUCGAGUGCUGAGUCGAGGGCUGUUUCCCGGAGUCCGGCCAUUGCCAAUCACUCCCAUUGGAACGUCGGCUACCGUGAGGAACGGCCUCUCCAGCGGCCGUGUGCGGACUGAGAGCGAGCCAGCCUGUGGCUCCCCGGUGGUGAGUGGAGACCCCAAGGAGGACCACAACUACAGCAGUGCCAAGUCGGCCGCAGCCCGCAGCACCUCGCCCGCCAGCGACUCGGUGUCCUCCUCGUCGGCUGAUGACCACUACGAGUUUGCCACCAAGGGGAGCCAGGAGAGCAGCGAGGGGAACCAGCGGAACCCCGAGAGCCACAGCGAGGCAGAGGAGGAGGACCAGAAACUCGGUGGCAAGGAGGCCCCGGGGGAUGUAGGCAGCGCACCCCAGCACAAGAAGCGCCAGCACCUCGCCAAGGCCAGGAAGGUCCCCAGCGACUCGCUGCCCCUCAAAAAGAGACGCACGGAAAAGCCCCCCGAAAGCGACGAUGAGGAGAUGAAGGAGGCGGCGGGCUCCCUCUUGCACCUGGCCGGGAUCCGGUCCUGUUUGAACAACAUCACCAAUCGGACGGCAAAGGGGCAGAAGGAGCAAAAGGAAACCACGAAAAAUUGAGAAAACAAGUCACGGAUUUGUUUUGAACUUAACGGCCAUUUGGUUUCAGCAUGUCAGGAGAUUUCUAAUGAUUUGUGGCAAUAUCAGCAAUUUACUUUUGUUCUUUUUCUUCUUUUUCCUCUUUUGGUUUGGUUUCCUUUCUUUCUUUUUUCUGUUUUAAUUUGUGUCCCCUUCCCCUUUGUUUCGGACCCUUAAGAAUUUUAUUUUUAAAGGAGAUUGAAGCCAUAGAACUCAUAUCGACACUCAGCUGUUUUACAAAAGCUUUUCAUUAUCUGAAGACAAAACGAAAAAGCAAAAAUUACCAUUGCUUCCUCUGGCUUACAGGGAGUCCACGGUGGUACUGGGGCAGGUACCUUUGGGGAGGUAGUGACCCUAGAAGGUACCAACUAGUAUGAGGUAUUCACCAGGCCCCACCAUGAUUGGGAGGUCCUCUGAGUUGGGUACCACUCUGGCGGGUCCCCAGCCCUCUAAGGCAGGAGAAGAAGGAGCCUAGUUCUGUUCCCCUGGAUUCCAGACCCAAGCUUGGGACCUGGGAUAUCUUAACACACCUGGGGAAAAUGCCAGGCAUUACCACACAGGACCCACUAGGCUGUUUCAGGGUUCUCUGCCUUUAUCACAUCUCCUAAGGGCAAAGACAUUGGCCCCUCCUAAUGCACCAGGUACCAGUGCCAGUGAGGAGUGGGGCCCAUUUUUAGCAAUAUUGCUAAGGAUAGACGUCUGUUCUACAUUCAGUUUUAAGAACAGGGCACAAGACUGAAGGUUGACCCACAUGUGCGUGUGUGUUUACACCAAUGCAUAUAAUACCACACACACAUGCAUACAUGGACAUGUAUGCAUAUGCGGACACACAAGUCCAUAUACACAUAUACGCACACACAGCAGUGGACACUAAUGGCCCAAGUGAAGAAGUCUCAGAAAGUUCAGAACCUGUUAAGGAAGGAAAUAAUGGUACAAAUCUUUUUCUGUCUGUCAAAACUCUUUGAUCCAAGUUUAAGGAAAAAAAAAAGACCAACUUAAAAAAGCUACGGAACCUGCCAUUAGUAUUGUGAUAUAUUUUUAAAAGAUUAAAGGCACAUUGAUGGAUUAAAGAAAAAAAAAGU